UGAAGAUCCUCUUCGUCUUCCUCAAAGAGGACAAGAAAGGCAUCAAUCUUCAAGUACGAGGAAACAAGAGGCCGCCGGAGACCACGUGGAGGCGAAUGCAAGAGGGGGCCUUCGACAACUACGAGUUGGCUCAUAUGCGCAUCAAAUGGCUUCAGAGCAUGACCACUCGGUGUGGCAUGCUGACGAUAAUAUUCUCGAUGAAGAUGCAAGAGAUUGCAGAGGACCUUCCUGUUCUUGUGAAGUUGUGUAUGAACAACGCUGUGCUCGUUUCCAGCGGUUAAUGAAGAGAGAUAUAGACAACGAUGGAGUUGUGGUUAACGGUUUUGGCACUAUUUACGAAAAUUCAUCCAGAAACUGUUCUCAACAUCAACAUGAACAGCAUGGAGACGACUACCCUUGUACAAAACUCCGAACAACCAAAACACUACAAAACUACUUUACAUCUCCAGUUAGCGACAACGACCAACAAGAACAACGAUCUCCUCCUGACUUCGAUGAAGAUGGAGAGUCUCCUUCUUCCCAACAUCAAACUUCGCUGCGACUCGGCGCCGGUGCUGACUUCUACACACGCCAAUUGAAAAGACUGAUUGACAUUGGAGAACAUACGGAAGAGUACCCAGUCGAUUUACCCCGUAGUGUCGCAAAAGAGGUGUGGGCCAAUGUCUUCGACUCGUGUCCUCCGCCAAGUGCAGACGUGGCAGCUGCGCACACAAGGGCAGCACUCAAGUUAAGACUACUAAAUGGAGACAGAGACUUUGAGGAUUUAUUUGAGUUUGUCAUGUAAUCACUUGAUUUCUCCGCCUAUGAUUAUGAGCAUCUUCCUCCAGAAAAUCUACUUUCUUUACUUACGAACACCAACAUAAUUGUUUGCUUCCGCCCGGCUCUAUCCUAUCACUUCCAUCCUUAGUCCAGCGUUUCUUGAUUAAGAAGAAGAUCAUUUUUGUGAAUCAUAAUCCUCUUUGCUCGUGAUCGUGAAAUUGAGAUGCAUUUAAGUACCUCUGCCUGUGCUUCUACGUUCUUCUAACAGGUCGUGCAGCGUUGAGAAAAAAACGAAAUCAUGAGUCCGAGGAUGGGAGCUGUCUACCUGGUGACCAACAAGCCUUCGCGGACUGGUAUGCGCGAGGUGUCUUUAUUGACCCACCUCCACCUUGUACUUGUUGCACUUGUAGUGCUUGUAGUGAUACUAGUUGUACAAGUAGUUGUAGAAGACGCGGCGGCCCUCGAAUUCGAAAUUGUAAUGCGAGUCGUGGAGGUACUAGAAGACGCCCUCUUCGUGGCCUUUUUUCCACUUCUGGACAACAACAAGAACAUCAGCAAAUUCUUGGACAACAAGAAGAACAGCAGACUCUUGGACAACAGGAACAACAGCAAAUUGGUCAACAAGAACAACAACAAGCUAGAGAUCAGACACGCAGCGCUCACGCGUAUGAUGGACGCUUUCUGCGUGAGUUUUUAGAGGACCAAAGCGUACUACAGACUCGCGGCAACUCUACAAGUAACAGAAGCAACGAAACUACUCCCAGUUGUAGUAACACCAGUAGUAACAACAGCAGUUGUAACAACAGCAAGGUGACCAACAUGACCACCAUCUUCAACAAAUUCAAAUACAACUGCUACAAGGGUUUUGAUUCUCGUUCGUGGAGGGAGGGUUCUUCGACCUCGUCUUCGAGCAGUUCUUCUAAUAUUUCCAGCAAUUCGAGUUCUUCUAAUACUUCCGAGAGUAGUUGUCCUCACCCUCAGAGUGAAGAUGUAGUUGGGUUGAGCGCAAACGCGCAAGUAGACCGCCAUCAUCAGAUCUGCAGGUUGAGGGACUGGUAUGCGCGGCACAACUCCUCUUCUAGAUCUAGUAGAUUUAAGACGACCUGCUGUAGAUUUAAGAAGACGCGGCCUAUGCAUUCCUCAUCCUCUAGAUUUAAGAAGACCUGCUCCUGGCCUUUUACCUCUGGAUCUAAGACCUCCUGGCACCAGAUGAACAACAUAUCUUCGUUUCUUCCAACUGGUGCACAAGAGGGUGACAACGACCCAGCACUACAAAGCCGCAGGAAGAAGUUCUUCAACAGGUUGCAGAGUAGAUGCAACAACAACGCAUCAAAUGAUGAUGAUAUCCCUUGUUGCAGCCCAAGCAAGAGUAUGAGGAACAACUACAACUCCGAGAAAGAGCAUGAGGACGAGGCAGGCCCAGAACAUUAAGGCUAGAGAUAAUUCAAUCAUCUGUGACGAGAGCAUCCCUGAAAAGUAUCUAUGGCUGAGUAUUUUUUAUUCCCAUCGUGAUACGGUUCAAGGAUGCCUAUCGAAGAUGAUCAAGGUUGGACAGCCCUAAGAACAGGAACUGCGCAGCAUCAAGAGAAUUUCAAAGGUGGAAGUAGGACAAGAAGAUUUUCAUCGAUUUAGUACUUGUUGUAAUUGUAGUUUUUGUAGUUGUACUACUUGUGAAAGUGGUGGUGGAACUGGAACUAGAAGUAUUACAGUGGUGGAACAACAACAACAACAACAACAACAAGUACAUGAAGAGGCAGUAGAUAACGCGGCUAACGCUUGGAAACUGCCAGUCAUUAAAUUUGAAAAGGCGAACGCGGGAGCGGAUAUUAAGGGUCAAGCGAUCGUGCUACAAGACCACAGAAGGUAUAUAGUCGACAAAAUUGAUCAUGAUCCACAAGCAGCACUUCUAGCUGGGACAACUGGUACUAGAGGACGUCCUGCUUCAUCCCCUCGUAGUUGUCGUUCCUCCUCUGCCUUAGGGGAAAGAGAAACGUUUUCGGUUCAAGGUGGUCUACCCGAAGAUCAGAUGGAGGAAGUAACUACAGAUGGUAGAGGAAGAGGAUCUACUAUAUCACGUGGAGGACCAGCUACAACGCUUUUUCAUCAACAUCAUGAAGCUACAGUGCUUGAAGGAGAUUCACCUGCCUCAACUAGUGGAGAAAACGACGCGUUCUUGUCCUAUACAGGGAAUUAUGAAGGACUUUUCAGUUCCCUGUUGAACAUAGGAUUAGGGUCAUGCAUGCCAAUGCCAACCUGCGAAUCGACACGGGAGACCGUGACGUCUCCUUCUAUAGGGGCAUCAGCAGCAGCGGGAGGAGACAUCAUGAUGAAGAAGAACAAAAUAUUACAACAAUUGUGAAUAAGAAUAAGACGAGGACUGAAGAGGAAAAUUUAUACAGCUAGAGAUAGGGAAGGGAUAGGGAAACAACAAUUGUGAACAAUGAAUUUAAUAGAGUUAGCUACGAAGUAGCUAUAUCAAUUUUUACUAUAGCAGUGACUGUGAUGGUAUGAUCAGGAUCUCUAUCUUUGAUAGAAUAACAAGGCACCUGGUCUACUGAGUUAGAGUUUUCGAGUGAUGCACUACAGCUCAUAAACUUACUCCAGAACGAUCACUAUUAAUUUUUAAAUACGCAUAAUCUCAACUACAAACACUAACACCCACUUCGUCCAUCAAAAGUUAGGCUCCCCCACCCGCUCUUUUCUCCUGCUCUUUUCUUCAUAAGUACUAGAUUUGACUUCAGGGAUAGCUAGGGACGGGAAGGGUGAGGGGACUUUCGUACUGACUGUGGAGUGAACUCUCGUGAUUGAAAGUAAACCCUGCGGGAGUUUGUUUACUUUAAAUGGAUAGUACUAGCAGCUGGAGCUGCGAUAACUCGUCGCUCGUCUUCCUUGUUAAAGUAUUAAAAUUGCUUCAACAACAUAAAUGAAUCAGUAACUCAAACUUCUUAAUAUCUACUGAGGUGAUUCAUGAUUGUGCCACAAAGUGACCUUGUAACCUAGCUUUGAAGUGUCGAACAAAGUAGCUCAGCGAUGCCGAGCCUAAUCGGAGUGAAGGGAUAAACAGGAUCUUCAUCUUUUCAAGUAAUUGAAAUCGAUAAAAACGAUAACUUAAUCAUAUUGUUCUUGUGGUGUCUGUACUAUUAGCUGUUCUUGCAAAGUGCACAUUUAUUCCUUACUAAGUAUAAUUGAAUAGAUUGAAGCUUGGCAGGACGAGCGGGAGGGACUCAGCAUCCUUCACUGCAACUACUUCAGUACGGUCUUAUCCCGCGAAGGAAAUUUAUUGACAUCUGAAUCUGAAUCUGAAUCUGCAUAAUAUUUGACAUUUACUGCGAAGAGCAAAGGUAUUGAGGACCAGGACAGCAGAUGUUUGCGCCAUAACUGCGACCUGCAAUCAUAGACAUGAUGUGAUAGGG